AUGAGCCAACAACGCAAACAACAAAGGGAAGAGGACAUCCAACUCUUGUUAGCUGUUAAAGCACAUCUUGGUACAAGCAACGUCAGUGAAUUUAUGAAGCCUUACGUGUUCGCAAAGCGUCCAGAUGGACUCAACCUCAUUCACUUACUCCUCCUUCUCAUCCUUGACCGAUUUUUAUAUAAUCAGUAUAAAGCCACGCCCCUAGCAUAUCUAAAAUCUAGCUACUUAUCUUUGAUAAUAAUGAAUAUUAUAGAUAUUGAAUGCAAUCACCCUAUCUAUAAUGCGAUUUAUAAUGCAUUUGCUUAUAUAUCACAUACUCUAUCUUUUAUCGCUAGCAUAUAAAAUAUUUUAAAAGGAAAAAAAAAAAUGAAAAAAAAUUUAUAUAAUUUUUCCUUGAUCGAGCAAUGGCGAUCAAUUCUAUAUAGGACUCAGGAAAAGUUAGGAAAAACCUGGGAAAAACUUAUGCUGGCAGCCAGAGCUAUAGUAGCAGUAGAAAACCCACAAGAUGUCAUCGUAAUCAGUGCUCGUCCAUAUGGCCAAAGAGCAGUUUACAAAUUUUCACAGUACACAGAAACCUCAUAUCUUGCAGGACGCUGGACCCCUGGUACUUUCACAAACCAGCGAAUUCCUAAGUUCAUGGAGCCUUAGUCUUAGUCUUAGUCAAAUUUAUAGAGUAGCUCCCGGCCAGGACCGAAGGUCCUUUUCUUCCGCAUUUUGGACGCCUUGCUUGCUUUCCUUGCCCUGCUCCCAGUGUGCACCUAAGUGCCACAUGCUCCUUCCGGUCAUGGGGCUUGGUCAUGCUAUCCCGGAAGUAGGCGAACUGGGUCACCGUGCUUCACGUCACCAGACUAGGGUUAGAGCUAAGGAUUAAUUCCUUAGCUCUUGUCGGCUCCUGCCAUGCCCUCCAAAUUGGCACUAGCGGUCCCUAGAGGAAAAACCCUUUUUGCCCCGUGUCCUAUCGGGACGACCCUAGGAUCGUCGUUGCUGGACUGUGAGGGAAACCUAGCCGGACACAAACUACCAGUGCCCAUUCCAGACCUUUCCCUGGGCGGAUUGGCUUCAGGCCGCAGCAAGGUCCCCAAUCUCGCCACAGUUCCGGGAGAGGACGGGUCGGUGUCGUCGCCAUUUUAUUUGUGUUAAGUUCAUGGAGCCAAGAUUAAUUAUUGUAACUGACCCUCUCACAGAUUACCAAGCACUUCAAGAAGCUUCAUAUGUAAAUGUCCCAACCAUUGCUUUUUGCGAUACAGAUUCACCAAUGAAGUUCGUAGAUAUUGCGAUCCCAGUUAAUAAUAAAGCUAAGAAUUCAAUUGCAAUGAUGUAUUGGCUGCUUGCUAGAGAAGUUUUAUACCUUAGGGGAGCUUUAAGCAGAUCUCAGCAAUGGGAUGUCAUGGUUGAUUUAUUCAUUUGGAGAGAUAUUGAAGCAGAAGAAAAAGCUGCUAACUUUUACUUACAAGGAAAAUUUUUAAUUUAUUUAAUAAACAAUUUGUUUAUAAUUUUUAAUUGAAGAUAUUUGAAAGGGUAUUGUCUUUUAAUUUUAAAUUUUAUACUUUAAAAUGAUAGAGUUAAAUCAAGAGAAUAAGCUUAAAAAAUUAUUAAAUAUAUGAAAUAUUAUUAAGAUAAAUUCAUUAAAUUUUACCAAAAAUUAAGGAUUUUAAUUUAUUUUGAUAGCCGUGGGGUUAAGGAACAAGGACAAGUUGCAAGAGAGGCCAAGGUCUAUAAGCAAAAAGAAGAGUGGGAUCAAGGAGCGGAAGCACACCCUGAAGGGCAUGAAGGAGGAGCUCAUUGGGGAGAAGAAAACUGGGGUAAUCAAGGAGAAGGAGAAUGGACAGAAUCAAAUCCACCAACAUCUUGGGAUUAA